GUCGCGAGGAAGCUCCACACCGGCACGGCGCAGGCCGCCAUGGGCCUCGAGGCGGGGCAGGGGCGGCCCCGCCCGGCGUGGAGUGGGCAGAGUGGGGGCCUUACGGCGGCAAGAUGGCGCCCAAAGGGAAAGGCGGCGGCAAAGCCGGGAAGGGCGGCGACAGCGGCAGCAGCAGUGAGAGCAAAGCACAGGGCCCGAAGGGAGGCGGCAGCGCCGUCAAGGUUCGGCACAUCUUGUGCGAGAAGCACGGCCGGGCCAUGGAGGCCAUGGAGAAGCUGAAGUCCGGACAGCGUUUUAGCGAGGUGGCGGCACAGUACAGCGAGGACAAGGCCAGGCAAGGGGGAGACCUGGGCUGGAUGACCAGAGGCUCCAUGGUGGGACCAUUCCAGGAGGCAGCAUUUGCCCUGCCUGUGAGCAGCAUGGACAAGCCCGUGUACACAGACCCUCCAGUCAAGACCAAGUUCGGAUACCACAUUAUCAUGGUGGAAGGCAGAAAAUAAAAUGUGAAUGACCAUGA